GAGGAUGCAUUUAUUUUAUUAUUUUUUUUUAUUGUUGUUGCUUCUAUUCUAACUCUAUUCUAUUCAAGAAGGUCAUGACAAAUAAGAGUCUACUACUACAAGAUUUUGGAUUAUCUACAUUUGCACAAGAUAUAUUCAAUUCUACAUCAAGCCAAGAUAAAGUACAAAAAGAAGAAGAAGAAGAAUCAAAAAAGGAGAGCCAUUUCACGUUAAACACGGACGACAAUGACGAUGAUGAUGAUGAUGAUGAUAUUCCACUAAGUAAUAUUCUUGAUCAAUCCAUACCAUCAUCAAAAAAGAAUCCAUUCAGUCAAAGUGCACCUCCUUCUAGACGACCUAGCCAAAUGACCAAUAUCAUACCAACCACUACCGUACUUAAAGCAACAAGCCAACAACCCUAUUCGAUUCUUGAAGAUGACAGCUUACAUGAAGAUGACGAUGAAGACUUGGUGCCCAUUGCCGUGUUACAAGAUCCUACUAUCAAGUUGCGCCAUCCCUUCCAGUCAGCAGCCGAGAAAUAUAAAAACAGUGUUCUAUGUCGCGAUCCACAACUAAAAGUAAUGACACAAAAAGAACAGUUAGAUACUACUACGAGCGACUAUGAUAGAAGAUCCUCUUUGGAUCCAUUGGUACGUCAUCACUCUACUUCGUCUCCCAUUUCUUCUCCUACUUACUUUCAUCCAUCAGUUCAUCCAGUUGUUAUGCGUUCAGUAUCUACUAAUUGUUCACCACAACCCUAUGAGACCAAAGGAAAUAACUAUUCGUCAAAUAAAAGUCAGGAGAUGAAUAAUUUAGACGACGAUGACGACGAUGUACCACUUUUCCAAACUUGCCUUGGUGCACCUUCAUCCAUUCAGACUAGUUCAUCCAAUGUAAAAGUAACUAUGCAACAAUAAUCGAUAAUAAUAAUAAUAAUAAUAAUAAUAUGAUAUAUAUAUAAACACAAUAAAGACACAAUUCAAAACAAAA